CAGGCCAGCCGGUCAUGGUAUCGUUGGCGGUGACGACGGCGACGACGGUGAAUCAGUGUGAUAGUAGCCGGCUCUGGUGGUGGUUCUCUUUUCAUCGCCGUUUUCCAACGUACUGACGUGCUCGUGAACAGGAUUAAUUCGCGAUAACAGUCACGAAAACAAAAACAUUACGCGUAAUUACGUUUGUUAGUCAACGCACAUAGUUGUCGGUUUCGGAUUCGCUGCAUAACUAUUGUCGCGAGCGAAAACUGAAGAGAUUUCCUUUCGAUGACGACUGGCACCGGUAUUUCUCCGACGUAAAAUGGUUCGGGAUGCGAUGGCCACAGACGACGGUGAAGGACCGAUGCGACCGAUAUCUCCAGCAGAACAAGACAUUGUGCAAGAUGGUGCGACCACUGGGCGUCCUGAGAUGUCGUCACCGUCGCAGCUAGACGAUAGACCGAAACUUCGGGUGACUUUCGCCCAAGACGGCGACUUGAGCAACCGCAGUAGUUGCAAUAACGGCGUGGGAGUGAAUGGCGGAGCCGAUGGUGAUAAUGACGCCGGAGGUGAUGAUAGGACUUGGGACGAACGAAUUUUUUCGCCCAACGGGAAACCUAAUGAGCGAAAAAGAGACCGUCGGCGUGCGGAUGGCGACUUGAAAUCUCCAAUAGGAUCUACCUCAGCGUCUUCAGAGUCCGAACAGAGCGAUUGUGAUGAUAAAACCCGAAAAGAUCCGAUGGCCAUGCAGACUGCGGCUAUGCCUUUGAAUUUAAUGGUGACCGGCGAGAAGGCGAUGGCCGAAGAAGAGAAUCCUUUGUCGUUGUCAGAAGACGAAGGCGACGAUGUAGAAGAUGAUCAAUAUGCCGACGAAGACGAGGAUCACGGCGGCGGCGGCGGCGGCAUCGGCGAUGUUGUACACGAACGAUCUCAGCCAGCGGCCGCGUCCUGGACACCUCCUUGGUGGAUUCAGUCCCGAACAGACGAUUAUAGUGACAAACCUACACAAACGGCCGAACUCCUUCUAGUCGGUGGUCGAUUACCACCAGGACCCGGUGCAGCCCAACCGGCUAGGGUCUUUGUGCCCACUGCCGAUGGAGGAGUUGCCGUGGCCCAAGCAGUACUUUUAGUAUUGGAACCUCCCGUUCCAACCGUUGGCACCGCCGAUCAACAUCGGCUACAGCACCGACAACGGUAUAGACAUCAUCACCGAUCACAGACAUUGGACGAUGGAGUAAUUCCAGGCCAACACCAGACAUCAACUCGUGACAAUAACGGACAUCGAACAGACAUUUUUAACCGACGAGCGACUCCACCGCCGGCGCUGCAAGUGUCAUCGGCCGGUACUGCCGAUAGAACGGAAGACGAUACCAGCGCAUUUGUUAAACAAACCGCGGCGGCUAUUUGUGGAACGGAUGAUCCAGCGGCAUACGUUCGACAACAACAGCGACAGAUAACCUCCUGUAACGCAGCGGCCUAUUAUUAUCAACGACAGCAGCAAAGACUUGAAGGCGGCGUGGACGACGACAGCGCCGAUAAUCCGACCACUGCCACUACUGCCGCCGCCAUCGCCGCGUCCACGACUAUGGCUGCCUUGAUGGCCGCCUCAGCAGUGCCAAAGCGACCGACUUGGUCCACUCCCGAAUCUUCCAGGUACUAUGGCGGUAGUAACGGCCGUCUUCAUCAUCAACAGUAUCAACAAACGGCUAACGGCAGUGCAAUGAUGCAUCCGGCGGCGGCGGCUGCCGCAGCUAAAAAACGCAAACGGCGUACAUCAUUUACACCGCACGCUCUGGAACUGCUCAACGGUCAUUUCGACCGCAAUACACAUCCAUCCGGUGCUGAAAUAACCGCAUUGGCAGCUCGGUUGGGUUACGAUCGCGAAGUGGUUCGUAUUUGGUUCUGUAACAAACGACAGGCACUCAAAAAUGCCGCUGCUACCGCUGUGGGUAUACGUUCGGUUUCUGGUUUAUCAGGUCUGAAUGGUAACAGUUCGCUAAAUGCAGCAAAAUAUUACGCUGCGGCAGCAACAGCAGCUCCUUAAGACCUCCGACGGACAAGCGAUUUGUUCUGACAUUUAUAUAUAUUUUAAUAAUAUUGUUUUUUUUUUUUUGUAUUAUAAGAUUAAAAAUGAUAUAGUAUACAUAUUGUAUAAGAUACUAGAGUGUAUAAUAUGAAUAUAAUGUUUAUUAAAUA